UAUAAAACGACCGAUUGGACUCAGGUCAAUCAGUUCAUCAUUCAACUAUAGUGGACAUACGAGCUUCUCAAGUCACAUUUCCAAGCAACAAGCAACAAACAACGAACAUAAUCAAAAUGCAGUUCCAAGUAUCUUUCGCCCUUAUCGCCGUCGCCAUGUGCUUCGUAUCUGCCUACGCCGCCGAACAGUCUGCAAAACAAUCGUCCCAAUCUGCCGCCCCGGCCGCAGCUGGAGACCGCAAUAAGCGUGGUCUGUACGCUUCACCCUACCUGGCCGCUCCGUACGCCGCAUCACCAUACGUGGCCUCACCGUACGCAGCCUCACCAUACGUUGCUUCACCGUACGCAGCAUCACCGUAUGUCGCCUCACGGUAUGUCGCUUCCCCGUACGCCGCCGCGCCGUACGUCGCUUCUCAUCACCCGUACGGCGCCGUGUCGUCUUACGCUACUUACCCGUACGUCGCCAAGACUUUCGCUUCACCGUACGCUUAUUACCCGUGAGAGAAGACAUAACAGCAGCACCACCAUGUACGAGCAUAUACCAAUACCAGAGUUACCAUGACAAGAAAAGUCUAUAAAAUAUACAGCUAUGCAUCAACGAUUCCUUUAUAAACUUAACACUGUAAUAUCCGUGGUCAUUAAUUAUUAGUUAUAGCGAAUAUUAAUAAAAUUACAACGAAUAAAAUACAAUAUUAUUAUAUAAUA